GCGGAACAGGAAGUGACAGGAAAGGCGUUUUCUGCUAGAUGGAAGAGCGAACAGGCUAGGAUUGUUUACCACGAAGAGGCCGGCAUGAGCUCCCUGCGGGAAGAGGAUGAUCCUUAUGUGGUCGAGGAGCCCAGCGACGAGGACCCAGCGCAAAGCAGCUCUGAAGAUGAAGUGGAUGUGCUCUUAUAUGGCACCCCAGAUCAGAAGCGUAAACUGAUACGGGAGUGUCUAACAGGAGAAAGUGAGUCUUCUAGUGAUGAUGAAUUCCAAAAGGAAAUGGAAGCUGAACUUAGCUGCACCAUGAAAAAUAUGGAAGGCCAGUGGAAGUCACAACUUCCAGGUGAUGCUUCUGUUGCUGGGCAGUCUGGAACUGUCUCAACUUCUAAGUAUUAUGAUGACAUUUAUUUUGAUUCCGAUUCAGAUGACGAAGACAUAGGUCCUGCAGAAACCAAGAAAAAAAGGAAACAUCAAGAACGGCGGAUUCCAACUAAUGAUGAGUUAUUUUAUGAUCCAGAAGAAGACAAUAGAGAUCAGGCAUGGGUAGAUACGAUGAGAAGGAGGUAUCUUAGUAUAAGAAGUGUUCGAUCACAACAACAAAUAGAAAAACUUCCUGCCAUUCCCAACAGUGAUGCUAUUUUGAACUGUCCUGCGUGUAUGACAACAUUGUGCCUUGAUUGUCAAAGGCAUGAAUUAUACAAAACUCAGUACAGAGCAAUGUUUGUGAUGAACUGUACUGUCGUCAAAGAAGAAAUUUUGAAAUACAGAGACCCACUGAACAAGAAGACAAAGAGAGGGCACAAGAAAACUAAACAGAGUAAUGAAUCAAUUAUUGGCUCAGAAAGACAGGAAGAGGAGGUAUAUCAUCCAGUGAAAUGUACUGAAUGUUCAACAGAAGUGGCUGCAUUAGAUAAGGAUGAAGUCUUUCAUUUUUUCAAUGUACUGGCAAGCCAUUGCUAAGAUGCACCAUUUUAGAUACUUCAAGAUUAUAUUAAACUUUCCAGGUAAAAGAUGAUUUCUUCUAAGACCACUUUUGUAUUUGUUAAAAAGUCUACUUGACUAAUCUGAAAUGGAGAUUAUUGUAUCUGUGUUCUUUUCCAUAUAGAUAAAAUAAGGGAACUUUUUAAUUUAUGUACAUAAGUUGAACAAUUUUAUCCUGUUAAAUAGAAUCAAAAAGUUCUGAGUUAAAGAGACAUCAGUCCAUGUUCAUAAGUUAUAUAAUGGCUGACUGAUAAAAAUCUGAUACUGUCAACAUUUAA